CCAGGAUCACCAGGCAGGCUCAGAGGAGAUCUGCCACCUAAACAAAGGCACAAAUCCAGAUCCAGUAAAAGGCACACGCAAAACAAUUCUCAACAAUCAUUUUCUCUCCAAAAACAAGAUGGAAAAAUACUCCAGGAUCCUCUGAUGUCAAGGUGGUCUGAAGACAAGGAAGCUGAGGAAUCAUCCACUUUGUCAUUAGGAACAAAAAAUAACCCUGGCACUACCUGCUAUGAAUUGAAACUUGUCCGUCCGUAUCUGGAAGACGGUUAUUUUUACAUGGACCCCAAUCAAGGCUGCACAUGUGAUGCUGUCAAAGUCUUCUGCAACUUCACAGCAGGAGGAACAACAUGCAUAGGUCCCCGAAAUCCACAGAUUAAAAUGAGUCAGAAACCAGAUAUGGAUCAAAAGAUGUCGAUGCUGUGGUUUAACCAACAACAAAAUGGACACAAAUUUGAGUAUACUACUCUGGACGUUGUGCAGCUGAGGUUUCUGAGAUUCCACAGUCAGACUUCUGUCCAGCACAUCACUCUCAGAUGUACAGGAAACCAGUCCAGUCCCACAACCAUGGCCAGUUUGACUGUAUACCUGCGGGGAGAUUCUGGCCAAGUCAUUGAUUCACGCCUCAUUACAGCUUCCAGAAAAGCCUGUGAGGUGGAGAUGUUGGUGAAGGUCCGAGGUAGCACAGAAAUGUAUCGAGGAGAAAUGGAGUUACUUCCUGUUAGAGAUCUGGGAAUAGAGUUCAGUAGUCCUCCUAGCUUUAUUUCUGAGUUCUCUGUAUUUUUGGGACCCCUCUGCUUCUUGUGA